AUAAUUUUAGUUUUGCACCUGCAGAAUCAUGUCUGGGAAGAUGUUACUCUGCACAACAGUAGUCUCCCACCCCUGGCUAUCAAGAAUCCAGAGUGCCUGGGCCUUCUGCACCAGCUGGAUGGAAGAACAGACAUGUGGGUCCAGCGCUACUGCAUUCUGAAGGACGGUUGCUUGUAUUUCUACGCUAGCAUUCGCUCCACCCAGGCCUCAGGUGGCCUAUAUCUGCAAGGAUAUAGGGUGAGUGAACAGACUCUUAGCUUGAAACAAUCGGUGAUUGAACUCAAACCUCCAUCUGAAGAGUUCAAGACUUUCUAUUUCUGUGCAGAAAAUAAAACAGAAAACCAGCGCUGGAUUACAGCUUUGAAUACAUCUAUUAAAAAAUGGCUUCCUUUGCAUCAGGCUAUUCAAGACUUGAUGAAUCGCCCUCUAGAGGAGACCAGAAUGUGA